AUGGCUCUCUCCCCACCGCCUCGUGCCUUGUUCUUCGACGUCUUCGGUACCUGCGUCGAUUGGCGCAAUGCCGUGGUGAAGGAGCUGGAAGCGCAGGCUCAUGUUGCGCUCAACUCGGCUACUGCCUCUCUGGCGUCCCGUGUCAGGCUUACCGCGUCUGAUAUGACGGAACAACACUGGGCCAGUUUUGCUCAGCAAUGGAGGGAUGGCUACAAGAAGUUCACGCAGCGUCUCGCUACAGAUCCAUCCGUCCCGUGGAAGUCGGUCGACGAACAUCAUCUCGAGUCCUUGAAGCAGCUGGUUUCCGAUUGGGAGAUCGAUGGUCUGUGGGACGAGGAACACCUACGUGCUAUCAGCCUAGUUUGGCAUCGCUUGGACCCUUGGGCGGACUCUGCCAUGGGCGUCACUAUGCUGAACAGGCUCUUCUAUACGUGUACCUUGUCCAACGGCAACCUCAGCCUUCUCUCGGAUCUCCGUAUCCACAGUGCCAUUCCUUUCACGCACAUAUUCUCGGCAGAACUGUUUGGUACCUACAAGCCUUCGCCACAUGUGUAUCUUGGAGCUGCCCAUAGGCUACAGCUGCCACCUGAGCAAUGUGCUAUGGUCGCUGCGCAUCUCAACGACCUGAGGGCUGCAAAGGAUAACGGCUUGAAGGUCAUCUACGUCGAACGCCCUGAUGAGGAGGACUGGAGCAGGGAGCAGGUCGAGAGGGCGCGGGAUGAAGGUUGGGUAGAUUUGUGGAUCAGUUCUGGGAACGGAAGUAAGGGGUUCAUUACUGUGGCGGAGAAGCUCGGCAUCGAGUUGAAUGCUGCAGAUCAGUCGAGAAGACUCAGUACGUCGGCACCUGUGGGUGCUGCAUGA